AACUUGUUUAACUUAUCUGCAGAUAUUUCGACCACUCGUAGACAUUUGAACCACUAUCUGAAUAUGGCGGUAUGGUCCUGCUUACUGGGUUGUAUUUACAUAUUUCAGUCAAGUACUACGACGUUUUAAUCAGCAGCUACAUGCGAAGCGGUAGUACACUGACGGGUAUUAUUCUAGGCUGGAGAGCUGACACGUUCUAUUUAUAUGAACCUUUCUGGAAAGUCUCGCAGUGGGCUUACUGGCAUGGUAACGACACAGUUUGUCGCUCUGAUUAUCUAGACUGCAGGAAAGUAGAACCAGGGAAGGCAGUUCAAGACAAAUCAUUUCCUAACAACAAAUACAAAGACCACCCUGUGUCAUUAGUCAUGGCAAUGAAGAUAUUAAGAAAAAUCUACAGUUGUCAAUUUGAUGGCUUGAAACGGACAGUUUUUGAUCGGCACAUAACAGUUGGAUUAGGCGGUCCCAGCUGGAGUCAGAUGCGUACUUGCAUGAAAAGCAAGGGGGAAUUUGAAUCAUGUCUUCAGAGUUAUAUUCCACAAAACUGUAAGAACGCAACACAUCGUGUCGCCAAAGUACUGCGACUGUCAGUUGAUCUGCUGGAAGAUAUACUUCGUGCACGUAAAAACCUGAAGGUCAUUCAUCUGUUUAGAGAUCCAAGGGCAAUCAUCAAUUCAAGAAUUGAGAGAAAAUGGUAUCCACCACAUAAAGAAGAACGAAUCAUUGAGAACGCCAAAACUUUAUGCAAUAAAAUGCUGUAUGACUUUCAAGCAGGUCAAAAAUUAUCUAAACUUUACCCUGAUCGAUUUAUGUUCGUUUACUAUGAAGAUUUAAGCGAAAACCCAUCCGGUAAAUCGAAAGAAUUAUUCAAAUAUUUUGGUAUGAAUUUAGAGGAACAUAAGUACAGACACGUGAAGAAAUUAUCUGUAUUUAACAACGCAGCGAAACGAAGUGAACGUCAGAAUAACACAGCAUUCUGGUGGAGAAAGUCCUUAAAGUGGGACAUUGUGCAGAAAAUGGAGCCAUUAUGUAAAGAUGUCUUUACAGAACUUGGAUAUAAAAUUUUUACUAACGUGCAGGAAUAUCAAAACCUCUCAACUUCCAGUAUUACUAUACCAAAUAAGUAUUUAAUCCUGAAGGUUAAAGAGAAUGCAUCCCAAGAUUAAUUUGUAGCUUUGGUUUUGUUUACGUUAUAAAAAAAAAUCUGUAGGAAAAUCCCUCGGAAGCAUAGAAUGCAACAAAGCAAAAUGAUAGCAAAUUCGGUUUGACUGAGGUUGUUCAUUAGAGGUUGGGAAAGUGCAACACCUCUCACACCCCCUAGCACCGGUUUUAGCGGAACUCUUAAUACACAUGAGCAACGAGUGGAUAAAUCUACACAUUCAUUACUAGUUUAAUUAUUAUCAUCAUCAUACUUAUCAUUAUCAUAUUUUUAUUAUUGUUGUUGUCGAUAUGGUUUUAUUAUAGUUAUUUGAGAGAACAACAAUCAAAUCUAAACAUUUAUAGUGUUUCAUCAAUGCUCUUGAUCAAUACGUGUUUUAGCCCCCGCCUAUAAAACAAUACGUCAUUUUAGGUUGUCGUAACGGAUAACACAUGAGUUUUUACUGUACCGGCGGCGUCGGAGGCUUGUCUAGACACGUUGUUUUAACAAUUCUGAACAAGCCCAUACAACGAUAACACCAAUUAAUUGACAAAAAAUCCAUAACUCAUGCUAGCAUUUUGACAUUAUGCCCCUCAUGUACUUAGCCAUUGCUUCAACAAAACACAGUCUAUGUCUGUCAGCGAGUUAUUACCUCAGUAUCUGUAUACAGCUUAAUAAAACUUCACACAUCAACUUUAUAAUAUUCCAUAACAUUUACUAUUGUUUUCAUUUCGAUGCCUCUUUUUAUACUUAGCCAUUUUUCUUUUCUUCAACAAUAGGCCUUGAUUCUAUUACUAAAGAACUACAGGCCUGUUUCAAACCUACCUUUUGUCUCAAAAGAAAAGUAGUAGAUCAACGCAUUGAGUGAAACCUGACUUCGAAGAACCUACAUGAACUGCAUCAGUCGGCAUACAGAUUUUUGCAUCACUCGACAGAAACUGCACUUCUCAAAGUUCCAAAUGACAUUCUUCAAUCCCUGGAUCAAAACGAAAUCACAAUCUUGGUAAUGCUUGACUUAUCAGCUGCGUUUGAUACUAUCGACCAUGAAACGUUGCUUAAACGCUUGGAAAAGGACUUCGGGAUCAUUAGCAAACCACUACAGUGGAUGACUUCUUAUCUGAAUGACCGCUACCAAACAGUCUCAGUAAAUGGCGAACUAUCUACUCCAGUCCAUAUGAAAUACAGUGUACCACAAGGAUCUGUCCUAGGACCGAAAAACUACAUCAUGUACACAAAACCCGUUGGUUCAAUCUGCAGAAGCCAUGGACUGAAUCAUCAAUUUUAUGCCGAUGAUUGACAACUAUACUUAUCGUUUAAGCCAAAAAUUAUUUCCCAUCAACACGAAGCCCUAUCUCGGAUUGAAAUCUGUCUCAACGACAUAGUCUCUUGAAUGCAUCAGAACAUGCUGAAGCUCAAUACUGACAAAACUGAGGUCAUUUUGUUUCACACAAAUCACACAAAAAUACCCGAAGAUAUCUGCGUGAAAGUAGGACACUCUCAGAUUAAACCAUCAAUUUGUGUGAAGAAUCUCGGCGCUAGAAUGGAUUCAAACAUAGUCAUGACACAGGAUGUUAACACUCUCUGUAGAGCUAGUUACGUACAACUUCGGCAAAUUGGCCACAUCAGGCAGUACAUUACAGCUGAUGCUACCAAGUCUCUUGUGAACUCUCUGGUUACAUCGAAAGUAGACUACUGUAAUUCGCUGCUGUAUGGAAUUUCCAAAGACACACUGCAAAAACUUCAAUGUGUACAAAACACAGCGGCCCGCAUCAUAACCAGGACUCCAAGAUUCGAACACAUCACGCCGGUCUUAAAGGAGUUGCAUUGGAUUCCGGUUCAGCACCGCAUUGAGUUCAAAAUCUUGACACUUACAUACAAAGCCAUGCCAUCCUAAGUACAUUGUCGAUAUGUUGGACGUGUACAAGCCUCGUAGAGACUUAAGGUCGGCAAAUGGCCCGGUGUCUUUGGUUGUACCGAGGAGUCGAACAGUAAAGUAUGGUGACAGAAGUUUCAGUGCCCUCCCAGCAAGCAUCAGAGAUUCAAGCUCACUGUCCGCAUUUAAAAAAUCUUUGAAAACGCAUCUCUUUCACAUAUGUUAUAAAUAAAUAACAAAAUCUGGAAUACUGUUGAAAAUGGCGUUAAACCAAAUCACAUUCAACAUGUAAUAUCUGAAAUACUGUUAAAAUGGCGUUAAACCAAAAACCAUGAAAGUGAGAAAGGGUUUGGUCUCGUAAUGUAAUUUAACGUUGAACAUAAUUUAUGGAUGAACUUGUUUUAAUUACUAUUCAUUUUAAUCUUUUACCAAUAUAUUUUAUGUAUGUAUGUGUAUGUAUGUGUUCUUUAUGUUUUUGUAAAGCACUUUUGGACGUAUAUAUUUUGUAUGAAAAAAGUGCUAUAUACGUUAGGUAUCAUAAUAAUAAUAAUAAUAAUAAUAUGUUGACAAUUGUCAGCAGAUUAGUAUUUCAGUACUUAUACUUCGCAACUGAACAAACGAAACUUUACACAAUUCUUUGCGAUGAUGGUAAUGCCAAAGGAAUAACACAGGCACCAUAACUAUUUCAUCUUUUUGAUAAAAUACGUAAAAUGUUCGUCUGCCUUGAAUGCAUUUUUAGCUCACCUGUCACAAAGUGACAAGGUGAGCUUUUGUGAUUGCGCGGUGUCCGUCGUCCGUCCGUCCGUGCGUGCGUGCGUCCGUGCGUCCGUAAACUUUUGCUUGUGACCACUCUAGAGGUCACAUUUUUCAUGGGAUCUUUAUGAAAAUUGGUCAGAAUGUUCAUCUUGAUGAUAUCUAGGUCAAGUUCGAAACUGGGUCACGUGUCAUCAAAAACUAGGUCAGUAGGUCUAAAAAUAGAAAAACCUUGUGACCUCUCUAGAGGCCAUAUAUUUCACAAGAUCUUCAUGAAAAUUGGUCAGAAUGUUCACCUUGAUGAUAUCUAGGUCAAGUUCGAAACUGAAUCACAUGCCAUCAAAAACUAGGUCAGUAGGUCUAAAAAUAGAAAAACGUUGUGACCUCUCUAGAGGCCAUAUAUUUCGCAAGAUCUUCAUGAAAAUUGCUCAAAACGUUCACCUUGAUGAUAUCUAGGUCAAGUUCGAAACUGGGUCACGAGCCGUCAAAAACUAGGUCAGUAGGUCAAAUAAUAGAAAAACCUUGUGACCUCUCUAAAGGCCAUAUUUUUCAUAGGAUCUGUAUGAAAGUUGGUCUGAAUGUUCAUCUUGAUGAUAUCUAGGUCAAGUUUGAAACUGGGUCACGUGCGAUCAAAAACUAGGUCAGUAGGUCUAAAAAUAGAAAAAUCUUGUGACCUCUCUAGAGGCCAUAUAUUUCAUGAGAUCUUCAUGAAAAUUGGUCAGAAUGUUCACCUUGAUGACAUCUAGGUCAAGUUCGAAAGUGGGUCACGUGCCAUCAAAAACUAGGUCAGUAGGUCAAAUAAUAGAAAAACCUUGUGACCUCUCUAGAGGCCAUAUUUUUCAUGGGAUCUGUAUGAAAGUUGGUCUGAAUGUUCAUCUUGAUGAUAUCUAGGUCAAGUUCGAAAGUGGGUCAGGUGCCAUCAAAAACUAGGUCAGUAGGUCAAAUAAUAGAAUAACCUUGUGACCUCUCUAAAGGCCAUAUUUUUCAUUGGAUCUGUAUGAAAAUUGGUCUGAAUGUUCAUCUUGAUGAUAUCUAGGUCUAGUUCUAAACAGGGUCAUGUGCGGUCAAAAACUAGGUCAGUAGGUCUAAAAAUAGAAAAACCUUGUGACCUCUCUAGAGGCCAUACUUGUGAAUGGAUCUCCAUAAAAAUUGGUCAGAAUGUUCACCUUGAUGAUAUCUAGGUCAAGUUUGAAACUGGGUCACGUGCCUUAAAAAACUAGGUCAGUAGGUCACAUAAUAAAAAACCUUGUGACCUCUCUAGAGGCCAUACUUUCAUGGGAUGUUUAUGAAAGUUGGUCUGAAUGUUCAUCUUGAUGAUAUCUAGGUCAAGUUUGAAACUGGGCCAACUGCGGUCAAAAACUAGGUCAGUAGGUCUAAAAUUAUUAAAAUCUUUUGACCUCUCUAGAGGCCAUAUUUUUCAAGGAUCUUCAUGAAAAUUGAUCUGAAUGUUCACCUUGAUGAUAUCUAGGUCAGUUUCGAAACUGGGUCACGUGCGGUCAGAAACUAGGCUAGUAGGUAUAAAAAUAGAAAAACCUUUUGACCUCUCUAGAGGCCAUACUUUUCAUGAGAUCUUCAUGAAAAUUAGUGAGAAUGUUCACCUUGAUGAUAUCUAGGUAAAGUUCAAAACAGGGUCAGGUACCUUCGAAAACUAGGUCAAUAGGUCAAAUAAUAAAAAAACCUUGUCACCUCUGUAGAGACCAUAUUUUUCAAUGGAUCUUCAUGAAAAUUGGUCAUAAUUUUUAUCUUGAUAAUAUCUAGAUCAAGUUCAAAACUGGGUCACAUGAGCUCAAAAACUAGGUCACUAUGUCAAAUAAUAGAAAAAACGACGUCAUACUCAAAACUGGGUCAUGUGGGAAGAGGUGAGCGAUUCAGGACCAUCAUGGUCCUCUUGUUAUUAUUCCUGGCUGUAAAGUCGUACGGGGAAUAUAGAAAGGAAGGUCAUAUAUAUGUGUCCGCCUGUCUGACUGCACCUUACCCUUUCACAUCCUCACCCAUCUACGUUCAAAUAAGUAUUUCUGUUACCUCAACUUCUCCAGUGUUUCGAUAUACAGUCACUUGAUAUCAUAGUUUCCCAUCUUUCAGCCGUCCACAUUAAGUACUUCACCCCAUUCCCACCUAUCAGCCGACAUUACACUUCCCGUUUUUUUUUUUUUUUUUGUUUUUUUUUUUUUUUGGUUUUUGUUGUUUUUUUUGCUUUAUUAUAUUUCUUGGUGAGUAUCUCCAGUCACACCCCGCCCACAUUACCCUUAAUCCCAUGCACACAAAAUGUGCAUUCCACUUAAAAUGAUUCUAAAAAUACAUGUUUCGCGCCAUAGAACCAUAGUGCCAUACCAUGUCCAAACAAAAAUCCGUCAUUUAGUUUAAUCUAACAUUAACAUGAGGGACGGACCAGUUUCAAAUGUUGGUAAAACUUGUGCUCCAGUCCUUUUGUAUUAUCACACUAUUGCAAUGUUACGGAAUGUAUUUUGGUGAACUGUGGUAUUAUAUGUCUUGAUGUACUUUUGCUGUUGUAUCUAUCAUGUCUUUUGUGAGUUUUGCAAUAAAAUAUUAUUAAACUAUAACUAUCAUACUAUGUAACCAUUGAUCACCGGUGGAAACGGGAAGACGGCUUCUGAAAGAAAAUUCACUGUUUGUAAAAAUGGUGUAUCUAAUUAAUUUUACUAUCUGUUUAUAUGUCAAAAAUUUGUUUAUUAAAGCAAAGGGUAUUUGAAACACUAUUUCUAAGUUAAUCCAAUUUUUGUUCUGUAAGAAUUGUACUCUAGCACAAAGUAAUGUAACCGUACUAAGUGAACUUUGAACAUUUGUAGACGUAAUUACUAAGAACAUGUCACACUUCGAUAUUUAUUGGAAAAUUGGUAAAAUAUAUAUUACAAAAGUCUACAUUAUCACAGUUUGAUGUGUUAUGUAGUAUUAUAUACAUGUAUCAGACUGUUUCAUAUAUUUAGCUAUGUUUAUUGUUUUCUAUUUACUUGCAAUUUAUUAAUAGAUAUGCCGCCAUUAUUAUGAAAAUGGGAUGCUUAUAUGUUGUUUACUUGAUGUAGAAAAUAAAUGUUUUAAAGUUUGAAAGAAACGUUUGCCAGUCCGAGCUGGAGUAACUGAAUAUUAAUAUUUAUAGAUAAUUACUACAACCACGGGCACGGACAUCACAGACAUCGAGGCCUUCGAGGCUGGUCUCCGUGCCUCGGUAGCAGCCUCGCCUCUGUACGCAAUGUAGACAACUCAUGUAUGUAUCAUAGUUUUAACUGUAUAUAGUCAAAUUUUAACUGCACAGCCUUUAGAGUUGUGACUGUCUUGCCCAAACCCAACCGUGGACAAAGUACAAUCCAGUUAUUGGAGUCCGGUCCUGUACACGGGAGAAGGAAGAUUACUGAAUAUAUAUGACCUAUCUGUUUUUAAAUUUAUUAUUUGAGCCGUGCCAUAAGAAAACCAACAUAGUGGGUUUGCGACCAG